AAGCAGGUUUAAUGGUUCUUCCUUCAUUGCAGCAGAUCACUUUCACUUUGACGACGCAGAGAGAUGAACUGAACUUCAGCUGAACAUGGAGCUGCUCAUGCUCCUUUUAGUGACUGUUAGUCCUCUUAUAUCUGACGGGUUGACUGUGCGCGGUCCGUCUGCUCCUCUGGUGGCUCCUCUGGGAUCUUCAGUGGUUUUGCUCUGUUAUGUUGAUGACCCUUUACCAGUGGAAGAUCUGGAGGUGGAGUGGAGAAGACCAGACUCUGAGACUUUAGUUCAUCUGUAUCAGGACGGUAAGAGUCAAACAGAAGUCCAGGAGCAGGAUUAUCAGGACAGAGCUCAUUUCUUCAAUGAGGAGUUUCAACAUGGAAACUUCUCCCUCCGUCUGGACGAUCUGAGAACUGAAGAUGAGGGACAAUACACAUGUACAGUUCACGGUCAGCAAGAGUCUGGAGAGACUGUGGUUCAAAUAAACAUUGAUGUUGAGCGUUUGCUAGUAUCAGGAUCGAGUCGCUCUAUAUCUGCUUAUGUUGGUGAAGAUGUCACUCUGAACUGCUCUAUAGACUCUAACAUCACACUUCAAGACACUGAACAGGUUUUAUGGAAGAAGACAGAUGAAGAUGAAGAUAUUAUGGUUCUGCUCUUCCAAGACCAAGUGGUUAGACCAGAGGCAUCAGAUGAGCGAUACGGAGAAAGAGUUGAGUUCUUCACUGAUGAAAUCCCCAAAUUAAACUUCUCUCUCAGACUGAAGAGCAUCAGAACUGAGGAUAAAGGAAUUUACAUGUGUGAGGUGUUGGCUGGAGGACUUUCAGCCAAUACAACUGUAGAACUGGAGCAACUGGGUUUCUCUGUUUUACACAUCGUGGUGUUGGUUCUCUGUAUUUCUGCGUUUGGAUCUGCUCUUCUGCUCUGCUGCCUGAUCUACUGCAGAUCCCUACAUAAAGGUUUUUUUGGCCAGCAUACUUAUAACCAUAAAUUUAAUCUGGGAUCUUCAGUGGUUUUACCCUGUCAUGUUGAUGAAUGCUUAUUAAAGAAAAGUCUGAAGGUGGAGUGGAGAAGAAAAGACACAAAGACUCUGGUUCAUCUGUAUCAGGACGGAGAGAGUCAAACAGAGAAACAGCAGCAGGAUUAUCAGAACAGAGCUCAUUUCUUCACUGAUCAGAUUCAACACGGAAACUUCUCCCUCCGUCUGGACAAACUGAGAGCUGAAGAUGCUGGAGAAUACACAUGUAAAGUUCACUGUGGCCUUUUUACAGUGACCAGGACAGAAGAGACAAGUUUGGUACCACAAUUCAAGGUGAAAGGUUCCUUUGGUAAUCAGACGGUUCCUCUUGGAGGUUCAGUGGUUUUGUCCUGUCAGGUUGAUGAAAGCUUGUUAGAGAAAAGUCUGAAGGUGGAGUGGAGAAGAGCAGACUCAGACACUCUGGUUCAUCUGUAUGAAGACGGAGAAAGUCGAGCAAAUAAACAGCACAAAGACUAUCAGGAUAGAGCUAAUUUCAUUACUGAUGAAAUUGAAGAGGGAAACCUCUCCCUCCGUCUGGACAAACUGAGAGCUGAAGAUGCUGGAAAGUACACAUGUAAAGUUUACAGUGAGCAGAACUGUGUGCAUUCAGCCGACGCAGAGCUUGAGAUGGGGUUUGCUGUACAAUGUUUUCGUCACACACUCGUUCCUCUGGGAUCUUCAGUGGUUUUACCCUCUUAUGUUGAUAAACCUUUACCUGUGGAGGAUCUGAGAGUGGAAUGGGAGAGAGAAUACACUACUGUUCAUCUGUAUGAAGAUGGUCAAGCAAACACACCGGACCAGGAUUAUCAGGAUAGAGCUUGUUUCUUCACUGAUCAGUUUCAGAGUGGAAACUUCUCCCUCCGUCUGGAUGAUCUGAGAGAAGAAGAUGCUGGAGAAUACACAUGUACAGUUUACAGUGAGCAAGAUACUGUGUUUUCAGUCGAGACAAAUUUGGUACCAAGACUACUAGACGUCUUUCGUCUGCACAUGUCUCUAGUCUUCUGUCCAAAUCUUCUGAUGUUUCUAGCUUUCGUCCUCUGGGGUGUUUCUGAAGGAUCUGUGAGUGAGACGGUGUGUUGUUGUGCUCUUUAUUUUCUGAGACCUCUCCUGUUGCUCUGGGCAGCUCCGUAUAUUGAUCAUUUUACAGGCAAAAUGAACUCAUUGAUUCUGGAAUACAGUUAUGUGGUGGAGUAUUUAGCUCUCUCACUUGUUGUUUAUUCAGCUCUUUUUAAAAGUGCUUGGCAAAAGCUUCAGAAUUAUGAUGUGUUUGAAAGAGCCAUGAUAAUAGCACUGUUUGUGAUCGUGUAUGUGUGCUGCCUCUGCAAAAUCAUUUACCUUUUAGUUUCAGAGGUCUGGAAGAAAACUGGACGGAUAGUUAAAAUAUUUGAUCUUGUGGCUGAUAUGACCUUUCAAAUUCUGCCCACUUUACAAUUCAUCCUCCUCUUCUACACGUUUGGAGCCGGUGGUGAAGCAGGGUUGAUCAUGAUUGUGGUUUUACCAGUCUUUAUGAUGAUGAUGACAAAUGACAGAUGGCUUAUUAGAUGCAGAUAUGGCCUCGACUUAUCACUUUCAGUCGUGAGGACAGUGAUGUUAAUCUUCAUAUUAGUGACGAAUGCACUGAUGAUCGGCCUUUACAUAUUCACUCUGGAAAAUCAAACAGAUCCGAUCGGAUGGGGCUGUGUGAUGGUGUUUCUGCAGAUACUCUGGACCGUCAUGUUCUUCACAGAUGAUGUUUUCUACGUUUCUCUCAGUUUGUCUCGAGGUAGAGUAUCGAUCUUCUUCUUUGAUCAUCUUCUCUGUCUGAUGUUUCUCUGCUUCAGUUUGUGUUCGUGUAGUUCUCAAUAUUAAACAGCACAGGAUCAGAAAUAUAAAGCAGUCUGUGUGUGUUCAGAAAACACUGAAUUAUAGGAGUAAACUUGUAAAUCUGAUUCCUGAUGGAAACAUCAUCAUCAGUUAUCAUCAGAUCAUAGUUUCAGACUAAUAACAGAAUAUGAAUCAGUGAUGAACACACAACUGUAAUCUGUUUCUGUUGAUCCUGAACUCUGAACUGAAAUGAUUUAAUUCAUGAAUGUUUAAGAGUACAGUGCUAAGAUUGAUCUCUUUAUAAAGAAGACACUCAGAGUAUUAUUGCUGAAGUGAAUAAAGCACUAAACACUCAGAGUAUAGUCUAUAUUUAAUAAGACCGGUCUAACUGUAAAACUGAUCAAGCUGUGAUCUCAGUGUUGAGCUGAUUUCAUC